AUGCGUUGUCGUCCCGUUUGGAUAUUCCACAGUCAUGCUAGUGUAAAAGACGAAAGCAUACGCGGGGAAAAGAUCAACUACGGUGAUGAAUUUCUUUUGAGAGCUGAAAAUUAUGGUGACCCAGAGGCGCCUCCGUUAUACGUGCGAUACACAACAGAGGCAGUGCCCGGUCCGGCCGAUAGAAUGCCAAUUCGACUGAGCGCCACAAAGGAUUCCAAUUGUCGAUGGACGACUACGCCCUUGCUGGCAAAAGACCGCCUGGAAGGGCUCGGCAGUCCCAUUAAGACGGGAGCCAAACUCUUAGUGAAGAAUUGUGUGGCCGACAAAAGUUUGUGUGUGAUGAAUCAGAAUUGGAUGCAAACCUUCUUCGGUCCAGAGUGCGGAGUUACGUGUCGCGAUUACAUUGAUAUUCACAAAAUGUACACCGCUGAGAAUAUAUUCACCUUAGUUAGCGAUGUUGAGACGAAAACUAAGGAUUGA